AUGCCCCUGAUCGUGUUGGACCCGACAGCGCUCCCAGUCCAGUACCCGAAAGCUACGCCCCAUAAGCCACAGAAAGUUCGCAUCAUUGCUCAGGUCUCCCACUUCGAUGUGGAAACGGGACUCUUGACAUUGACCAGAGUCCCUAAUCUUCCUGACCUCAAUACACAUAUCAUACUCGAUGGCGACAAAACAGAGCCCGUGCCUAUCAAUACAGCUGACAUAGAUGUCGAUGCAGAAUGUCUCAGAAAAGGUAAUGUCGUAUCCGUUUGGGGAAACUACGAUGGCAGUCAAGUGAAUGCAUGGGACUGCCACGGCACAAAUGGCGAAGAACUCCUUGACGGGGGAUCCGAGAUCCUCGCCGAAGCCUCUCAUCUCACAAAUUUAUAA